CUCCCAUAUAUCUGUUCAGGGGAUCGCUUUCAAGAUUUUCCGGCUCAAAUAUUACCUGAGGCAUUUUGGGACGCACCUCACCGAGAGCCAGUAGGCUCUUCCGGCAUUCUUUAAGCGUCCAACAGAGGCAUUGAAGCAGGCUAGACGUGCGCAAGAUACUCUAGUAUCGCCUGAACCAUUGUAGACCAAUAUGAUGUUCAGUAGAGGGAUUUCAUCAGCCUUCAAGCGAUUGACAUGAGGACAGAGCCAAGAAUUACUCUCGCUCUGCCGUCGAUUUGCCCGAGAGGCUUCUGAACACCCCUACUGAUGCGCCCAACUCUACUUCGCCUUCCGUAUGCCCCGUUCAUUUACCUGUCAAAUUCCGAGUACACUUCGUCGGCAAAGCGCAAACUUCGCCGGUCUGCGCCGGCCCGACUGGAACAUCAAUAUCAUGGCUGCCCUGGAGCCGGUCCCCAUGCGAGAGGUAUCAUAGCAAGCAUUGGGGAACUUCGAUCACAUUAUCUUUGGCUCUGUGUCUCAGCACUGUCGCUAUCUCUAUUGUUGGACAUGUCAAAACUUAUGGACUCU